AUUAUUAUUUACAGACCUGCAAAAUGUCCCAAGACCAAAGGCAAACAAAACACGAUGCAAACGGAGAAUCGUUCAAAGGCAGUUAUGUCCUGGGCCUAUCCUGUCAGGGACACGAUGCAGCCGGCUAGGCGUGCGAGGAGGGAGGGAAGGAGGCGCAGGCAGACCAAAGGGAAGGGGGACUUGAGGCGGCAGCCUCGCAUGCAGAAGAGCUCCCUUGCUGGGAAACCGAACAGCCUCCAAUCACCCCAGUAUUUCAGGUCCGUGUUUAGCAGGGGCACCUUGGGCGCUUAGCAAUCCAGGCUCCUCCCACAAGGCACCACCUGCAGGUACACCACCAAAAGCCAAUUUAGUGUCCGGCAACUCCGAGGCGGCAACUUUCGAUCGGCCGUUCCCAUACUUGAGGGUCCACAGCGAUCACACCAUAUCCCGCGAGCCUUCCUCCCCGGCACGGGAAGCUGCUGCCAUCGACACACAGCCCUCCGGCUGCACCCUCAAGCCGCCGGCCACCCGGAUUCGGACAGCGAGAAAACAGGCGGGCCUCCGCUUCUCCCGGCCGGCCAGCCGACCCGCAGCGCCCCACCCGGAUUCGGCGCCGGGGCUGCCGGACGGGCGAGGAGCGGCGGCGCGACUGAGCAUGCUCCGGGGGCGGGGGACGCGGCGCAAGGGCGGCCGGCCCGGCGCUGGCCAGGCGGGCGAGACCCUCUGCGGAGCGCGGGCGUGGCCGGCAGGAGCCCCCGCGCAGCCCGCAGCUCCGAGACCCUCUCCGCGCCGGGGCCGCCGGGCGGGCUUGAAGCGACGCGGUGCGGGGCAGCACCUUCCCAAUCCCAGGUCUGGCUUCAUGAGGCCUCCCACGGCUACACAAGCACAAGAUGGUGCUUGACUCUCCGGCCUAUCAUCCACCGUUGCAUCCUGAAGUUUUCCAUGCAGACCCACAAGCCAGGAGAGGUGGGAGGAAGGAAGCGAGUCCUCCAUGUGUUGGGGGGAAGCUGGGCCCCUUCCUGUCCUCUCCUCUGUCUCCGGAGUCGGAUUCUUCUGGGCCCAGAAGGAGGACCAAGCUGCCGAAACUCCUCCGGGGCCCCUGCAGCUGGAUGCACCGGAGUGAGAGCAGCUGCCUGGUGAACCAAAAGGAUUGUGCGCGGGGCCAGAUCCGCAGUGCUGCCUCCCUCCCUCAUCUGCCCAGGGCCAGAGCUCAGGAAGGGGCAUGCCGGGCCGGGAAGAGAAGCCCCUGCUUACUGGUGGCCCUGCGGCCAGCCAACCUGGAGGCAGAGCGAGAGCAAUUCUUCCGAUCUUCGUUCACCUACAACCCUCAGUUUGAAUAUGGGGAAUCUGUCCCUGAAGUCGUGCUGGAUAAAUACCGAGAAGCCUCUGGGCAGUUUCUUUUGCAGGCUACUGGAAUAAUCAAUGCUGUCCUUAAAAAAUACGGUACUUAUGAGAGCUUUGAGGCCUCCAAUGGUGGAAAGCUGCUUACCAAAUGCCAAAUCUGGUCCAUCACCAGGAAGUACAUGCAGAAGGAAGGCUGCUCUGGGGAGGUGGUGGUUCAGCUCACAGAAGACCUCCUUUCCCAAGCAGUCAUGAUGGUGGAAAACAGCCGCCCAACUUUAGCAAUCAACCUCUCUGGCGCUCGUCAGAACUGGCUGGAAGGCAUGCUGCGCCAUGAGAUAGGCACUCACUAUAUCCGCGGAGUCAACAAUGCCUCCCAGCCAUGGCACAGCUCAGAAGGCCGCAAGCAAUACUGUCUGAAGCCCGCCAACCCCACAGAGGAAGGGCUGGCCAGCCUGCACAGUGUCCUCUUCCGCAAGCAGCCUUUCCUCUGGAGGGCCGCCCUCCUCUACUACACCGUCUGCCAGGCCGGGCGCAUGUCCUUCUGCGAACUCUUCCAGGACUUGGGGCGCUUCGUGCAGGAUGCUGGGGUGCGGUGGGAAUACUGCGUGCGAGCCAAGCGAGGCCAGGCCGACACCUCAUUGCCAGGCUGCUUCAGCAAAGAUCAGGUGUACCUGGAAGGAAUCCUCCAGAUCCUCCGGCAUCGACAAACCAUUGAUUUCCAGUUGCUGGCUGCGCUGGGGAAGGUCUCUUAUGAAGAUGUAGACCAUCUGAAGAAAUACGGGGUGCUGGAGAAGGCCCGAAUCCCCCACUUCAUGCAAGACCUUGAACGGUACAUGCAGCAGCUCAACCACAUUGUUGCCACCAAUUGUCUGAGUGAUGAAGAGCUGGAACAAUUGAUGCCGGAGUGAGCUUGCUGCCUGGCCCUCAGCAGUGUUGCUGGACAGCCUCUGCUCUCAUUAAGAUGCCUGAAGUCCCAAAGGAGAAUUUUGUUGGACUUUGGCCUGCUGAAAACAAAUCAAUGGCUCGUGUGUUCUAUUUAUUCUUUCUUUAUUGGGGGUUUCUACUUUUGACUGUUAAAUGAAGCGAUCAGAGCAAGGCCACAUCUUUUGAAUGCCCUAAGAGAGAAUUCAGCUACCUCUCAUGGAACUUUGCUCUCAGCCAGGGAUGUUUUAAGCAGAUUGACAAAGAUCAAUGUCUGGACCAUGCCUUUCUUCUGUAGACAGGUUAGUAUAGAUGGUUUGGAACUUGCUAAAAUAUCCCUAGGCAAUAUUUUUGGGUUCUCCAGUUGAGCCAACUGAGAGUGAUCUCCAAAUGGUCAGAAAGAGAAAAGAUUUUUUAAAUAACGCUGCUUAAUGGCAGGUGCAGAAGAUUUUCAGUAUGACUUUGGUAUUCCUUACUCUCCAAUAGUGUUUGAAAUUAUAUCUGUAAUUGAGUGAAC